AUGGAGGAACCAGUUUCCUAUUAUACUAUUAUACCCGACUCUGAUUUCGACAUUGAUAUCGUCAUAACGAAGAUACCGAAACAGAACCUGAUUUGGAAUUUUGACUGGACAACAGGAGUGACUGUAGCCGCUGCUGCUGGUUGCGGUAUUGCUGCUUCUGUUGGUUUAUUCGCUUAUAACAAGUACAAGAAUCUGAAGAAACAGGUGAAACGGACGGAACAACAAUUCGAAAAGGAGAAGGAAAACGCUUUUGCAGAAAACAGGAAAUUACGAGAGUUGCUGGACGAAAGACAGAUUGCACUCCAAGAGGCUGAAGCAAGGAUGGAUAAACUUGUAGCUGAAAAUGAAGAGGAGAUCCUCAAAAGGGACGAACUGAUAGAAGAAUUGAAACUUGAAAAUGAAGAAAUCAAUUACCAGCUUGAGGAAGUUCUCCUUCAGAGGGAGGAGAUGGGGACCUUACUUGAAGAGGAACGAGAAAGAGGUACCGAAAAGGACUGGCAUAUCGAAGAAUUAUUAAAUGCAGAGGGAAUUCUGCAACGAGAACAACAGCUCCUGAGCGACAAGCUAGAGAAAGCUCUCCUUCAUGGGAAGGAGAUAGAAACUUUACUCGAAGAGGAACGAGAAAGAUGGGCUCUCAAGGACUGUGAAAUCGUAUUAUUGAACAAUUCAAUAUGGAUUCUGAAACGGGACCAACAGGAACUGAACGACAAGCUUGAGAAAGCUCUCCUUCGCGGGAAUGAGAUGGAGGCUUUACUUAACGAGGAACGAGAGAGAGGGGCUCAAAAGGACUGUGAAAUCGUAUUAUUAAGAAAUACAGAAUGGAUUCUGAAACGGGACCAAAAGGACCUCAGUGACAAGCUUGAGAAAGCUCUCCUUCAUGGGAAGGAGGUAGAAACUUUACUUGAAGAGGAACGAGAAAGAGGGACCGAAAAGGACUGUCAUAUCGAAGAAUUAUUAAAUGCAGAAGGAAUUCUGCAACAAGAACAACAGGAACUGAACGACAAGCUAGAGAAAGCUCUCCUUCACGGGAAUGAGAUGGAGACUUUACUGGAAGAGGAACGAGAAAGAUGGGCUCUCAAGGACUGUGAAAUCGUAUUAUUGAACAAUUCAAUAUGGAUUCUGAAACGGGACCAACAGGAACUGAACGACAAGCUUGAGAAAGCUCUCAUUCACGGGAAUGAGAUGGAGACUUUACUGGAAGAAGAACGAGAAAGAUGGGCUCAAAAGGACUGUGAAAUUGUAUUAUUAAACAAUUCAAUAUGGAUUCUGAAACGGGACCAACAGGAACUGAACGACAAGCUUGAGAAAGCUCUCAUUCACGGGAAGGAGUUAGAAACUUUACUUGAAGAGGAACGAGAAAGAUGGGCUCUCAAGGACUGUGAAAUCAUGGAGAGCUUGUUGGACGAAGCAAAAGAAAAGGAAAGAAACAAGGAUAAAUAUAUAAGAGAAUUAUCACUCGGAGUUGAGAAGCUGAACAGUGAAAUUCAUGUGUUGGAACAAAAAUUGGCAAGCGGCCGGAAAGAACGUGAGAUGAGAGAUCUUGAGAUGGUCCAAAGAGAAAAAGAACAAAUCGAAAUUAGCUUAUACUGGAAGCAGAAGUUUGAGGAAAGUAAUAACGAAGUGGAGAUCUCGGGACAACGUGAAAAAGACCUCCGAGAAAAAGUGAAGGACUACGAGAAAGAACUGGAAAAUGCAGCCAUUCAAGCAAAGUCGUUGGAAAAUAAGGUCAGACUUUUGGAAGAUAAGUUAAAGGAAAACUAUAUAAUAUUGAAGGAUAAAGAGGAAGAGAACAGUGAAAAAGACAGCGAAAUAAAGAGGCUGCUGGAGCAGGAGAGAAAUCUGCAGGCUAACUUAGAAAUUGCUCUGGUCAAGGAACAAGGCUUGAAACGCACGUUACAAUGUGCACAAGAGGAGGUCUUCUCUUUGCAGAAGAAGGAAAGUGAAAACUGGCAAGAAAUUCAACAGCUACUAGAAGAAUGCGAAAUGUUGAAGGAAAAAUGUCAGUUGCAAGAAGAUUUUAUGCUUAAAGAAGAAAAACGUGCCAGGGAGCAGCGAAGACUACAACAAGAAACCUUGAGAAAUGAAGAUAAGUAUAUGUUGAUGACACUUCUACAUGGAAUUGCUGAGAGGAAUUUCCAUCUUGCACACAUUGCAGAUGAGCAUGGAAACGAAAAUGAGAGAGACAAGGAGCUGUUUGAUCACAUGCUGAAAAGAAAAGAAGAGCAGUUCUGCAUGGCCCAACAGGAGAAGAACUAUUACUUGAAAGAAUGGGGUGACUUAACCCAGGUGUUGGAAGAUUUAAUAUGUGAAAAUGAAAGAGUGAAAAUGAAAUGA